CGCCCAUUCUCUUCCACGUUGAUUGAUUGGUUUCACUCAUUCAGCACUGAUAUGAAGAAACUGCCUAUCGGGGAUACACGCGGCUUCCUCCGUGCUUACUACCGUUGCACCGUUGCACUCAACCAUCCCCUAGUUACUGCAAAGUGCAAACCACGCCCUAAGUUUCCAACUAGACAAUCUAUUUGGUUCAACAAGAGUGACUCAUCUCGCGCCACAACAAAAUUCCCCGUGAUGAAUGCUGCUACGGACCGUAUUUGUACAAUCGCGGAAUGUAUGUAUCUGCGUCUUCCGAUCAUCGGGGCUCUCGUACCACUCGGGUGCCUCGGAUCGCACAUUCUUCUAUGGAGAUGAAUCAAUGAGGCUCUGUUACGGUGGACCAUUUCGAGAAACGCCGAGAGCAGCGAGCAGCGCUCGUAAAUACUCAUAGAUCAAAAAGAGGUCAAGAUGAGGCAGCUGGGAAACUCAAAUCUCAUCUCGCCGGAACUGCUCAUCUCGGUCCAGUGCCACCCGGACAACCGGGGUAAACCGUGGGGAUGGAGGAAACAGGCUCUCCUAAGUUCACCAUCCAUGGGUUGAUCGAUAAAACCCCAGGCACGAGGGAGGAAGCGCGGGUUGGCGUUAUGCUAAGUAUAGCAAAAACGCCAUCUUCCAGCGACUAGACCCAUCCUGCAUUAUCACUUUCGCCGUAGA